UAGACAGCCAGACCGACCGACAGACAUCAACAGCCAUCAUGUCCAACGUUUUCAGAAGAUCUCUCACCACCUUGAUCCCUCCAAAGAUCGCCUCCCCAACUAACUUGAGCUCUAACCCAGCUGCCAAGAGAAUGCAAAGCAUUGUUGCUUUCUACUCCAAGUUGCCAAGAGGCACUGCCACCUUCGAGGCCCCAAAGACUCCUUUCGCCAUCUACAGAGAAGCCUACAGAAACAAGGGCUCUCCAGUCUUGCACUUCGCCUUGGGAUUCUUGUUCUUGGGUUACGGUCUCGAAUACUACUUCCACUUGUCCCACGAAAAGGAACACCACUGAGUAUAUGGCUAGGCUCUGUUAAUGGCUCUGCCGCCGCUCUUUGAAGAGCUCCCGCGUGCUGCACCCUCUCUCACGACUUAACUCUAUCUAUCUAUUUAUUUGUUUUAUUUAUUUUCUGUGU